AUGCUCGGAUGCUCCAUUCCAGCGCAGACUCCAGAAGCAGGGGCGGAAGCCGCAGCAAGACGCGGGGGUGACCCAGCAGGCCGCGGGGGCGACGCAGCAAGACGCGGGGGCGACGCAGCAAGACGCGGGGGCGACCCAGCAGGACGCGCCGACGACGCAGCAAGACGCGGGGCAGGACGCGGGGGCGACGCAGCAAGACGCGCCGACGACGCAGCAAGACGCGCCGACGACGCAGCAAGACGCACCGACGACGCCGCAAGACGCGCCGACGACGCAGCAAGACCCACCGACGACGCCGCAAGACGCGCCGACGACGCCGCAAGACGCGCCGACGACUCCGCAAGACGCGGCGACGACGCCGCAAGACGCGGCGACGACGCCGCAAGACGCGGUGACGACGCCGCAGGACGCGCGGAGGCAAAGAAACAGCCGGAAACGGAGGCGGAGAAGAGGCUGCGGGAGGAAGAAGAGCAGAGGAAGAAGCAGCAGGAGAUGAUCAAGCUUCAACAGGAGGCGUCAUACAAGGCUAUGCUGGCAUACAAGGAAAAUGAGCGGCAGAAAGAGCUGCAGAGGCAGGAGAAGGUGAAGCAGCAGCAGGAACAGGACAGGUUGGAGCAGGAGCGGCCCGAUUUGAAGCAGCAGCGGCUGGAAAAGGAGAAGGAGAUGAGCCAGCUUCAACAGGAGGCCUCAAGGAAGGCCUACGAGGAAUACCAGGAAAGGAAGCGGCAGGAGGAGCUGUGGAAGAAGCAGCAGCAGCAGCAGAAGCAGCAGGAGGAGGAAGAGCAGAGGAAGAAGCAGCAGCAAGCGGAAGAGGCGCAGAAGAAGCAGCAGCAGCAAGCGGAAGAGGCGCAGAAGAAGCAGCAGCAGCAAGCGGAAGAGGCGCAGAAGAAAAUCCAGCAGCAAGCGGAAGAGGAGAAGAAGAAGAAGCAGUUGCAGGAGGAAGAGGAGAAGAAGAAGCAGCAGCUGCAGGAGGAAGAGGAGAAGAAGAAGAAGCAGCAGGAGAUGAUCAAGCUUCAACAGGAGGCGUCAUACAAGGCUAUGCUGGAAUACAAGGAGAAUGAGCGGCAGAAAGAGCUGCAGAGGCAGGAGAAGGUAAAGCAGCAGAAGGAACAGGAAAGGUUGGAGCAGGAGCGACCCGAGUUGAAGCAGCAGCGGCUGGAAAAGGAGAAGGAGUUGAUCCGGCUUCAACAGGAGGCCUCAAGGAAGGCCUAUGAGGAAUACCAGGAAAGGAAGCGGCAGGAGGAGCUGUGGAAGAAGCAGCAGCAGCAGCAGCGGCAGUGA